AUGGCAUCUGCUUGGGCAUUUUUAACUGUGCUUGGGGCUGCGCUAAUCCACCUUUCGCUUGGAUACAACUACACGGUUGGCAACAUGAAUGCAUAUCUGAUACCGUACAUGAAUAUCACAUCUGGUCAAACGGUUUGGAUUCAUGCAGUAGUUAUAUCUGGGCAGGCGAUUGCAAUGCCUUUGGGCGGCUUGCUGACAUCAAAAAUCGGUUUUCGCAUUGUUGUUGCAGUGGGCUGCCUAUUGUGCAGUGGUGGUGUUGCAUUGUCUUCGUUAACAGUGCAGCAUGGUCUUGGUCCCUUUAUUUUUACAUAUGCUGUCAUGUUCGGACUUGGAAUGGGUCUCCCCUACUCUGUAUUAUUCACAUUGGCUGCAGAUUGGUUUCCUAACCAUCGCGCUGUUGUGACUGGCAUUAUCCUUGGUGGUUUGGGAAUGGGUGCACUGCUCUUUACACCAACACAAACAGCAUUAAUUAACCCAUACAAUUUGCCAAACUCAGACCCGUCAGUGCUGGCUCGUGUUACUAGAUCAUUCCUCAUUCUUGCCGCUGUCAUGUUUGUUCUUCAAAUUAUUGGAUUUUCCCUGUUACGCAAAAGUCCCUCAUCUGCUAAUGACGAUGAUGAUGUAUUUUCGGAAUCUGACAAUUCGGAAAUUCUAGAUAAGGAUGAUUCUGAGGUAGCGGUGAAAAUUGAGAGCAGUGACAUUCAUAAUAUCUACAACUACACAAUCCAAGAGGCCCUCAAAUCAAUUGAUUUUUACACAAUUGCAAUUAUUAUUUUCUUGGACACUGUACCCAUCACACUGCAGUCAUCAGCCUAUAAAGUGUUUGGUUCAGAACACGGACUGGAGGACCGUUAUCUAUCAACCAUUGCCACAUGUACAGCAAUCUUCAACUGCAGUGGUCGUGUUAUUUGGGGUCUCAUCUGCGACCAUGUGUCUUUCAAGAUUCCCCUUGGUUGGUUUCUGAUGCAAUGGGCCAUACUUUUUGGGACAUUCCCUCUAGUUGCUGAAACAAAGGUUUUCACAUACUUAUUCCCAGUUUGGGUCUUUCUCCUCUUUUUCUCAAUGGCUGGCCACUUUGUCCUUAUGCCUGCCGCCUGUUCUCGCAUCUUCGGUCCAAAGAACACAGCCACCACCUACGGCCUCCUGUACUUCACAACUGUAAGCUGCUCUGCAUUUACGAGGUCACUCAUUUUGAAGGAAAGAUGUCCCAGUGCUAUUAUCUUGGCUGCAAUCGUGUCCCAAUAUGAUAUCAAAAAGAACUUCCCUCUGACCUUCUAUUGUUGCUGUGCUCUAUGCCUUGUCAGCUUUGCGCUUUCACUUUUCCUGAAGGAUAAGUUUGGGAAGUGGCGUGAUGUCACGCGUCUCUGCACAAAUGCCUGCAAUAUUUGCCGUUACGAGCCGCCUAUGGCGAGGGAAAUGGAGGAUGACAGCGCUGCCGAGCUCUCAGUUGUUACCAACACCAAAAUAUAUGAUAGUUGA